CUGAGUGAUAGAUGUGCCUGUCUGACUUCACUUUCUCAGGGUUCCGGAUUUCACGCAUCACGGCGACAGAAGUAUGGCAACGUUUUCAAGACGCAUCUUCUGGGCCGCCCUCUGAUUCGAGUGACAGGUGCUGAAAACGUACGUAAGGUUCUGAUGGGUGAACACACGUUGGUGACCGUGGACUGGCCUCAGAGCACCUCCACACUGCUGGGACCAAACUCGCUGGCUAACAGCAUCGGAGACAUCCACCGCAAGAGAAGAAAGGUGUUUGCCAAAGUGUUCAGCCAUGAGGCCUUGGAGUCCUACCUUCCUAAAAUCCAGCAGGUCAUCCAGGAGAGCCUCAGAGUGUGGAGCUCAAACCCUGAUCCCAUCAACGUCUACCGGGAGAGCCAGAGGCUGUCAUUCACAAUGGCUGUGAGGGUGCUGCUGGGUUUCAGGGUGUCCGAUGAGGAAAUGAGACAUUUGUUCUCAGCCUUCCAGGAUUUUGUAAACAACCUCUUCAGUCUGCCCAUAGACCUACCUUUUAGCGGCUACAGAAAGGGUAUCCGUGCACGAGACACCCUUCAGAAAAGCAUAGAGAAAGCCAUCAGGGAGAAGCCAAUGUGCUCACAAGGAAAGGACUACAGUGAUGCACUGGAUGUCCUGAUGGAGAGCGCUAAAGAGAAUGGCACAGAGCUCACCAUGCAGGAGCUAAAGGAAUCAACUAUCGAGCUGAUCUUUGCUGCUUUUGCCACCACCGCCAGUGCGAGCACCUCCCUCAUCAUGCAGCUCCUCCGCCACCCUACUGUCCUGGAACGUCUCAGAGAGGAGCUGAGAGCCAGGGGACUUCUCCACAAUGGCUGUCUCUGUCCUGAAGGAGAGCUUAGGUUGGACACUAUUGUCAGCCUGAAGUACCUUGACUGUGUCAUCAAGGAAGUGCUGCGACUAUUUACACCCGUUUCUGGUGCCUACCGAACUGCCAUGCAGACCUUUGAACUGGAUGGAGUACAGAUUCCAAAAGGCUGGAGUGUGAUGUACAGCAUUCGAGACACUCAUGACACAGCCGCAGUCUUCAAGGAUGUGGAAACCUUUGACCCCGACCGUUUCAGUCAGGAGAGGGGUGAAGACAAAGAGGGACGCUUCCACUACCUGCCCUUUGGUGGUGGUGUCAGGUCUUGUCUGGGAAAGCAGCUUGCCACUCUGUUUCUUCGCAUAUUGGCUAUUGAGCUGGCCAGCACCAGCCGCUUUGAGCUGGCCACUCGACAGUUCCCCCGAGUGGUCACAGUUCCAGUUGUUCACCCAGUCGAUGGGCUCAAGGUGAAGUUCUACGGCUUGGACUCCAACCAGAAUGAGAUCAUGGCUAAGUCAGAAGAGUUACUUGGGGCAACAGUUUGA